AUGACUACGGCUGCUGGCUGGGGUCCCCGGCUGGGGCGACCAGACCAUCUAAACCUCCUGCCAGGCCCACGUGGGGCGGCCAACGCCAGUCGGAAGCCGGCAAGCGAGUCAGAAAGUGGCUCCGGGUUUCAUCCUCGGCCAUGGAAGCAAAACGCGAGAAGCCGAGCUGGUCGGGUAUCCCCGGGCCUGUCCCUGGUUCCAAACUUUUUUUUUGCUUCGUGUCUUUACUUGGUUCCUGGCGUUGAUCCUCGUAUCUGGCCACGAGUGAGGAAGAAUAGCAUUGACAACAAACUUUUUGCGGUCCUGUUCUUUAUCGCAACCACUAUCAGGUGCGGAGUCCCGCUAAGAGAAAAGGGGAUGAUUAGGGUGAUCACCUCAUACCGCGCCACGGUUACAAGGCGGGAGGAUAAAGAAGCUUCGAACCUUUCGAAGCACGGUCUGCUUUGGGGUUGCCUCUUUCAGAAGGAGGAUCAAUCUAAGCCGGUGGAGAGGGGAUCUCCAGGGGGGUGGAUGACAGAGUCAGACACGGCCCUGGAUCCAUGGUUACGGAUUACGCGGGCCGGACUACAUACGGAGGACUUUCCGUAUGCCGUAGAAUCGUGGAAAGCACGAUGA